AUCUAGAUCUAAUGUCAAAACUGUCACAAACUUUUCCAAGCACCUGUCACUUUCGUAAACAUUCAUAAACAUGGCAUCUAACAUCACACCAAAAUCAAUAAGUGCGAUAAUUCUUGGCAUAGCAAGAAUCGUAAAAUUCCCAAGAGCUUUAAGUACAAAACCAUCGGAAGGCUUAUGUUCGAGUAAGGCCAACAGAAAGGGCAAGAAGAAAAAAUGGUUUGUGUUUUCGAAAAAGGAAUGCCAGAAACCGGAGAAGACAGAAGAAAAAUCACCCCCCGAGUUGUGCAGAGAACGAACAGAGGAUCCAGACUUAUCAUCCUUCGGAGGAACACCUUAUAGAACGUGCGGAUCCGCUUACAUCAUCCAGAAAGAACGACUUGCCGAUCCAAAGAUGAAGCCCGAAGACGCCGAACAGAAAAUCCUCGAUAAUCUGGAGAAACAUCCGGAUCUGAAGAACGUCGAGGACACGAUGCCACCCUUCGAAAGUGUCGAGAAAAGAAUGUUGGAUUUAGACGAGAGAAAAUUACACCCGUUGUACAAAAAAUAUAUUUUCCUUCCGAAAAAACCUUCCAAACUUCCAGUUCCCAAAUUCACGUACAAAUCUAGAAGCGGUCCAGUAAGCAGCGAUGAAAUCCCGUUGAAGCUGAAAUGUAAAGAAUAUAUGGAGAAAAAAAAUAUAUUCUAUGAUUUCAAGCGAGUAGAUCCACCCAGGCAGCUGCUGGCGAGAAUGUUGGAAAUGCAGCUCAACGAAAAACCGACGAUGGAAAAGAAAAGCGGACCGAAAAAUGUUAACGAGUUGAAAGUCGAUGAAGUAUUGAAAGUGUAACUUGAAUUUUGAUUAAUAUUUUAUUUCGUUUUUCAUAAAUACAAUUUUUAGAUAAAAUAA